UACCCCUUCGUUCCGACCUUCCCCUGAUGACCAAACAACCGCCGAAAUCUUGUCAGGUCUUACUGCUGAACAUGUUCCUUUACCUGAUACACAUUUCAUUAAGAGAGUUUUGGAAAAUUCGCGCAGAGCUAAAUCAAAGAAAAAUGAUCCACCAAGACCUCCAAAUGCAUUUUUUCUUUUCCGCAACGCACUUCAUAUUCAUUUAUCAACACAUAACUUGAAAGUACCGCAAGUUUCAAUGGCAGCAGGGAAAUUGUGGGAUAAUGCCACGGAAAAAACAAAAAGUCAAUAUACAAGAUUGCAAGAAAUUGCAAAGGUUUUACAUUUGGAAAUGCAUCCUGGUUACGUUUAUAGACCAAGAAAAAGCUUACAAGAUAAAAAGGAUCAUGAUCAACGACAACUUCAAAUAGCUAAGAAUUCAGUUAUUUCGACUCAAUAUUCAUUAUCAUCGUCAUCAUCUAUUGUAAAUUCGAUGCAUUUACCACAACUUUCACCAUCGCAGUCAUCAACAUCAUCUUUGGAUUCUUCAACUCCUUCGUCACCAAACAAAUCAUUAUCUAAAUUAUCUAAUCCUGAAGAAGCUUCUAACAUUGGAUAUAAUAAUC